GAUUCCCUUCUUAACACCCAUACUCCCAACUCACUUUCUCCGUCUUCCUUCCACCCUCUCUUUAGCCGCACAGUCACUCCAUUUCUUCUUCUUUUUCCUUCCACCAGCGCCUUUUGUCGAGCUUCCCAUCAUACGACCCGUCUUUCGACAGCCGCUCUCGGUCUACGGUGCCAACCUCCGCUUACAGCAACUACACUCCGACGAGCAGCUUUAAUUGGCCGCCUCCACCAUCACUAACACUAACUGGCUGAAUACCGAUUUUCUGCAGCCACCCUUUCUCUAUCGACAUCGAUUCGGGUUGCUCUUACUUCCCAGGGAUCGCAUUUUUUAUUUUAAACUCCAUCACGUUCCUGCAAAGAUUCGAGUCCUUUUGCAAUUAUUCAGUCUCUAUCCUGGAUUUGCUUGCGGAACAUAGGCAACUGGUGCAUUUUAUAAUUUGAACCGAAAAAGGAAAAGGAAAUGCUACGAAGACAACUGUGUUACUUAUUAUCUAGCUCACUUGCCUCUGUUCGUACUAAACCCCCACCUGCUAUUGUAAUAAACCAAGCAUUAUUGCAUCCAUUCUUAGAGUUCCAGCAAAACCCUUGCCUUGAUCGGUGUGUAGGUUCCCCUCUUUCUGGAAAUAUCUUUGGUUUUCGAGCUUUCAGCCUUUUGAGCUUAAAUGAUCUGAGAGACAAAGUUCCAAGGAAACAGAAGACAAGAAAGGGUCGUGGUAUUGGUUCUGGGAAGGGGAAAACGGCUGGAAGAGGUCACAAGGGCCAAAGAGCAAGAGGUUCUGGAAAGCUCGGGUUUGAAGGUGGUCAAACCCCACUGCGCCGCAGGCUUCCUAAAAGAGGGUUUAAAAAUCCUUUCAGCCUCACGUUUCAGCCAGUUGGUUUGGGAAAGAUUGCUAAACUUAUAAAUGCUGGGAAAAUUGAUUCUUCUGAAUUAAUAACUAUGAAAACUCUCAAGGAUACAGGUGCAAUUGGAAAACAAAUAGAGGAUGGGGUAAGACUGAUGGGACGUGGUGCCGAACAUAUCAAGUGGCCAAUUCACCUAGAGGUGUCGAGGGUCACUGUUCGAGCGAAGGAAGCUGUCGAAGCUGCAGGUGGGACUGUUCGAAGAGUAUAUUACAACAAAUUAGGCCUUCGGGCGCUUCUCAAGCCCGAGUGGUUUGAAAAGAAAGGGAGACUUCUACCACGUGCGGCAAGGCCACCACCAAAGCAGCAAGACAAAGUCGACAGCAUUGGACGCUUGCCUGCUCCAACUAAACCUAUUCCUUUUUCAGUUGAAUAUGAAGAUGGAGGAAAGGCAGCGUCCAAUUUGUCUACCUGAGCAUUAUAGUUGUUGAACUUCGAUUUAAGGAAUUUAAGUUUCGGUUGUCAUUUUCAAAUGCAAUUUCUCUUAGUAAUAUGCUCAUGAUUUUGUUUC